AUGUGGAGAGGGGGAGGGGGAGGGGGAGGGGGAGGAGAUGGCGGGGAUGGAGGGGGAAUGGAGGAGGCCACGGACUUCGAGGUUGGCAUCGUCGUGCCCAAGCUCUCGCGCUCCGCGGCGGGAGAGGACUGCGUGGCGAGCCUGGUGCGUGAGCUUGAGGGCGCCGGCCUGCUCGUCGAGCGCGUCCGCGGCGUCCCCGCCGAGUUCAUCAAGCUGUCCGCGCCCAUGGGGAUUCUGGGCAGAGCCGCUUCUGAGAUGCAGAUGAAGAAGCUUACCUACAUCGGAAUGGAGCUGCAGUUUGAAUGGGAACAGGUGGCAGCAUUCGUCAGGCAGCCUGAUGGUUCCCUCUUUAGCUGGCGAGAGCGGUUUACCUGUUUCCGCUACUUGAUAUAUGGCAUUGUGAACAAGACCAACUCUGAAAUAUCUCUCAAAUUUGACGAUAAAGAGUUCUAUUGGAAACAAAACGAGUCACUAUUGCGUAGGCUUGAAGAUGAAGGAGUUGUAAAGCUAGUCUUCCCUUUGCAUGAGGAAGUUAAAAGGAAACAGCUCCUGAGAAAUUGGGCACUUAACUGGCAUGACUUCACAUGGCAACCUAUUGAUGAAGUUUACUCCUAUUUUGGAACCAAGAUUGCAACAUACUUUGCUUUCCUAGGAAUGUAUACGCGUUGGCUAUUCUUUCCAGCCGUAUCUGGAUUGGCCACUCAGCUUAUAGAUUUUGGGUCAUUCCAGUGGCUGGUUCUUCCUGCUUUCUUUAUCUUCGUGAUUUCUUGGGCUGUCUUCUUUUUGCAAUUUUGGAAAAGGAAGAAUUCAGCACUUCUUGCUAGAUGGGGCAUUAAUUAUUCAUUUGCUGAAUACAAAGCUUCGGCCAACGAACUGGAACCAAUAAGGCAUUAUCUUUCUAUUGAGCGUGUGGACGAAAAGAAUUUUGAUGAUGCGCCUGCUGAGAAAAGGAGAUUGCAAAGAAAUGAGUGGUCUGGUGUCCUUCUAAGAAUUAGGAACAAUGCGAUUAUUGUUCUGGGUAUUAUUUGUCUUCAGCUGCCAUUUGAGUUGGCCUAUGCUCAUUUGUAUGAAAAAACUGAAACUGAGGCGCUGAGGUAUGUCUUGACUGCACUAUAUCUUGUUGCAAUUCAGUAUUAUACAAGGAUUGGUGGAAAGGUGUCUGUCAUUCUAAUAAAGUAUGAAAACAACCAAGGAGAACAGUCUAGUGCUGAUAGUUUGAUUUAUAAGGUUUUCGGUCUAUACUUUAUGCAAUCAUAUAUUGGGUUAUUUUACCAUGCAUCCCUUUAUCGUGAUAUUUUGACACUCCGGAAAGUCCUUAUUCAACGUCUAGUCGUGUCUCAGGUGUUGGAAAACCUGAUUGAGAAUUCUAUUCCUUAUCUCAAAUACAGCUACAAGAAGUACAGUGCUGUUCACAAGAAAAGACAAGAGAGAGAAUCACCAUCAGGGAAGUCAGUUCGAUUAUCAACAAGAGUGGAGAAAGAAUAUUUAAAACCCUCUUAUACUGCAAGCAUUGGAGAAGAGCUCGAAGAUGGUCUGUUUGAUGAUUUUCUUGAGCUAGCUCUUCAGUUUGGGAUGAUCAUGAUGUUUGCUUGCGCCUUUCCAUUGAUAUUCUGCUUUGCUGCUCUGAACAAUGCAACUGAAAUAAGAGCGGACGCAUUGAAGUUGUUAGUCAUGUUGAAAAGACCUGUUCCCCGUGCUGCAGCUACAAUUGGAGCGUGGUUGAACAUAUUCCAGUUCCUGAUCGUAAUGGCAAUCUGCACCAACUGCUUGCUUCUUGUUUGUCUAUAUGAUGAGGAGGGUAAAUGGCGGAUUGAGCCAGGACUCGCGGCAAUCCUUAUAAUGGAGCAUGCUCUCCUCUUAGUCAAGUUUGGCUUCUCGCACUUUGUCCCUGAGGAGCCUGCAUGGGUGAGAGCAAAUCGAGUGCGGUAUGUAGCUCAGGCACAGACUGUCUGCUCUCAACAACUAUUGAGGAGCAUUUCAAAACUUGAUAGGAAAUGGGAGUGA